UACAAAUUUGUCAUUGGUCGUUUCCACGUGCUCUGUGUACACGAUAUUGAAGCGGGGAAGUGAAUUUUUAUUUCAAUUUUGGAUUCGAUUUUAAUUGAACGUGAUAAAAAAUUUGCGGUAACAACAAAAAAUGGAAGAAGAACAAAUUGAACAAGAUCAAGCGGUCGUCAACUUUAUUCCCUGCAUAUCGUUUGUGAAGCGUGGUGUUGCCAAAGAGAAUCCAGACAAGGUGACUUUAACGCGAGAAGAAUUAGCCAGAGUUAUUUCGUCUACAAAAAAAGAGUUAGAUGACGAGGAAAAUGAGGACGAUGACGACGAAAACGAUGAAAAUAUGGACACUUCUGAUGGUGUCGAACCACAGUCACGAAAUCCAGACGACGAGUUCAAUUUUGCCGACUACGAUGAAGAAGACGCAACUCAAGUGGCUGCAGUGAGUGAUAUAGCUGUCGUUGAUCCGGAUGAGCACAUCAGUGACGGAGAAGAUUCAGAGGCUGAAGAUGAUCUCAUCAAACCGACAGACAAUUUACUACUUGUUGGGCACGUUGAUGACGACGCUUCAUCGCUGGAGGUGUACGUUUAUAAUGAGGAAGAAAACAGUUUUUAUGUACAUCAUGAUUUUCUGUUACCAAGUUUUCCACUUUGCAUUGAAUGGAUGAAUUAUGAUCCAGAGAGCAAAGAUAACGGCAAUAUGUGUGCCAUCGGUUGUAUUGAUCCGAUCAUCACAAUUUGGGAUUUGGAUAUUCAAGACACGCUCGAACCGGCUGUUAAAUUAGGUUCAAAAGGCAAACGAAAAAAGGGCAUCGAAAAAUUUGGACAUACAGAUGCUGUAUUAGAUUUAUCUUGGAAUACAAAUUUUCCACACAUUUUGGCAAGUGGGUCCGUUGAUCAGUCUGUAAUUUUAUGGGAUUUAGACGAAUUGCAGCCACAUACCACAAUUCGUGCAUUCCAAGAAAAAGUGCAAUCAAUUAAAUUCCAUCCGACCGAAGCGCAAAUGCUAUUGACUGGCAGUUGUGAUGGUACUGUUAAAUUGUUUGAUUGCCGUGAUCCAAGCGAAAUCGAUACGAGUUUCAAACAAUGGUCAUUCACUGGAACCGAAGUGGAACGGGUCUACUGGAAUCCACAUAAUACAAACUACUAUUUUGUUGGCCUAAACAAUGGUUUCAUUCACUAUUGUGAUAUUCGUCAAGAGGGCAACAGUAUCUGGAAUAUACAAGCACACAGUGAUGAAAUCAGCGGCAUUCUCGUCAAUCAUAUGCAAGACGGUAUGCUCACCACCACAUCGGCCGAUGGUGUUCUGAAAGUAUGGCGAUAUAAUUCAAGCACAGCUCCAACAUUAAUUCAUGAAAAUGAAGUUGGCAUCGGUCGUAUUCAAUGCGCAGACAUUUCUUAUGACAAUGGAUUUACGUUGGCCGUUGGCGGUGACAACAAACAAAAACAACUUCGUGUCAUUGAUGUUCGAGAUUUCGAAGUUGUUAAGCGACAAUUUAACGCAUAAUUACGAUACAGAAAUUCUUAUUUUUGUUUAUAAAUAACCAAAUGAAAUUAUUCAUUAUUUUUUUAAAUCAAUUUAAAUAAAAUCACUUUUUAUGUUUUCGAA